CCUCCCAGUGUUUGUGUCUCAGCUGCUGCCACAUCCCCGGUACGAUGGUGCUGCGCAGCCUGUUCCUGGUUGCUUUGCCAAUAUCAUUGAACCUCGGGAGUGCGUUCCUCCUUCCUUCCGUGCAGCAAGUAGUGCUGCCUGACACUUCAACUGCGAUCAUACGGCAUCAACAUGACACAGGCAGCAGAUCCAUGCUGUCGGCGGCAGCGCCCACGGCUGCUGGGGGAAGCAGCAGUACAGCAACGGCCAAGAAAAGUUUCCUCCGAAAUCUGGAGCGCAAGCGAGCGGGGGAGGAAGUGGCCUCCUCGGCAUUGAAUGCUGAUCUCCACGUGCUUGGGUCAACACCGACUCAGUCAUCAACCACCACCGUGGACAACACAAGGAGUUGGAAGGGAACGUGGGAAAUCUGCUACGCUCCUCACAUUCAGACCCUCGCGAAGGUGAUUUUGACCGAGUUUCCGAGCGUCUUGUACAACUUCGUGUCCGACGACGGUAGGAUGGUGUCGCACUCCCGGUACGAGAGCAAGGUGUUUGGGUCGGGUUGGUUCAACGCCGAUGGCAGGGUCGUUGUGCUGCCGGCGUCGGAGGGGGGUACCAAUGAAGCUCCGCGACAGACCGUACAGGUUAUUUUCGAGCGUUUUUGGUGGGACAGAAGCGGCGAAGACCGACCGACGGGAGAACCGCCCGGAUCCUCGGCGACACCGGUGGAUGGGUUUGUGCAGGCGGCUGGCAAAGCCAUGUUCUUCGACGGCCUCUCGGUGUUUCCCGUGCAUUAUCUCGAUGAUGACUUCUGUGUGUUUGAGUUCAAAGCUGCCGGUACCGUCGUGGCCUCCCAGCGAAUUGCGUAGAUGUUGGGUGGAGUGAAGAAGUGGUCGCACCGCCGAUUUACUUACGGGACGUGCUGUGUGUGUGUUUUUUGUUUUUUUCCAUUCUGCGGUUGACGCGGUAACCUCGAGCUGCUCUGAAGACUGGGUGGCAUACGGCUUUGUACAAAUGCAUGCAUAUCAGGUACAUAAAUGCAGAACUGGGCAGCAAAUACAUGAUGACCGUUGUUGCUGUCUUGACAGCCAAACGCAAGACACUGUUCGAGUGAAACGGUCGCUCGCUGUGGCGUCGUGAACAGCUAGUCAUGUAGCUGUGCCGAAAUGCAGAUAGGCCAGAUGUUAGGGCUUGAAGUGCAGUGUUGAGAGGGUGCCAUUGUAGUGAUGGUGCGCACGCGAUCCUUGCAGGGUUGGUGUGUUUCGUUCCAUCAUCAAACGGCGUUGCUCAC